GUCCUAAAUAUUUUUCAGAAGGGCAGUUGUCUUGCGGGUGGGGGUAAUGCAUCAAUUUCCGCAAGGGGGAGAAGUUGAACAUAACCUCUAAAAUGGCCGUAAAGCAAAAACACAGCACGUUGAUUUAGCUGUGAAAACUUGAUUCACAAUAAAGAAAUAUAUAGAAAUGUGAAAAAGGCGUGAUUCAAGCAAAUUUAGCAAAAUUUUGCUCAAUUUUGUUACGUUUUUAUACGCUGACAUUCAUAAUUAUUGAAAUAUAAACGAUAUAAUAACUUGCAUAAAAAGUGCGCGUUAGUGUUUUCGCAAAUGAUUUUUAAUAUUGACUCGUGAGACGACCAAGGAAGAGUGUUUUUUCAUUAUGUUUGAGUGUAAAACUUGCAAGUAAAAUGAUUGUGAUUUAGGCUCGCAUAUUUCUAUGGGAAGUGAAAAAAAGAAAUGAAAAGAUGGAUUAUGAAAACGAUGAGAACACGCUGGACGUGCUUGACUCGAGCAGCUCAUCGUCGUUAUUAUUGCCGACGAUUAAUGAUAACAAUUUCCUUAAUAAUCAUGCCGAUUUCAAGGAGGAUUUUCUACGACUGACGUCCAUGGUACGUCGAGUCUAUUUUAGUUAUUUACACAAAUCUCUUCUUAGUAAUUAUGCAAUAUCUUGCCAAUCAAAAGAUGUGGAGGAUUUUGAUUCCCAGAUCAAGACAUGUGCUAGUCAAAUGGAACUCUUUGCAGUUCGAAGUGCUUUAGAAACCUCUUUGUACAGAAAAGCAAUGACCAAACUGGCAGGAUACGCAGCGUCACUUGAUCAUGAUAUCCUUCAAAGGCGCAAGGAAUUCCACAAUUAUUAUAUUAAUACCAGAUAUUUCAUAUUCAGUAUUUACUGUCAUAAGUGUCCAUAG